AUGUCUGCUACGUUCAAGAUCGUUGUUUUUGGUGGAGAUUACGCUGGGCCAGAGGUCAUGUCUGAGGGGCUCAAGGUCCUUCAUGAAGUCGCCCUCCGCCACCCCGAAAUCAGGUUCAACCUAACGCAUCACCCCAUAGGCGGAGCAUCAUUUGAUCUCCACGGAAAGCCGAUCCUUCCCGAAGCUCUUCAAGAUGCAAAGGAGGCCGAUGCAAUCCUUCUAGGCGCAGUCGGUGGCCCUAAAUGGGCUGGACAGGUUCCAUCCGUUGAAGCCGCGAGUCUCGGAACUCUGCGCCGCGAACUAGAUGCAUUCGGCAACCUGCGUCCGAUCAAUUUCCCCGCCCCGUCCCUAGUUGACACGUCGCCAAUGAAAGCCGAAAUUUGCAGAGGCACUGACAUUCUCAUCGUUCGCGAGCUUACUGGUGGUAUUUAUUUUGGGCACCGAGAGCGCGGCGAUCUCAUUGCCAAAGAUACGGACCAGUACACCUAUGAAGAGGUUGCAAGAGCGGCGCGGUUGGCUGGCAACCUGGCUAGGUUAACAACACCGCCUAAGCCCGUCAUCAGCCUUGACAAAGCAAAUGUGCUCGCAGCUUGCGGCAGCUUCUGGCGUCGCGUCGUCACCGAAAUCUUGAGCAAAGAGUUCCCCGAUGUCCGUUUCGAGCACCAGCUUGUGGACAGUGCCGCCAUGACUCUGGCCUGCAACCCGACCAAGCUCAACGGCAUCGUGUUGACGAGCAACCUAUUUGGUGACAUCAUUAGUGAUCAAGGAAGCGCCAUUGCUGGCAGCAUUGGUCUUCUCCCCAGCGCUAGUUUGCGAGGUAUCCCACCGCAAUCCGGCAGCAGCAUGAUCAAAGGCUUGUAUGAGCCAGUUCAUGGAUCCGCGCCAGACAUCGCCGGGAAGCAGUUGGUCAAUCCUGUUGGCAUGAUCCUUUCUGUUGCCAUGAUGUUCCGUUACUCUCUCAACAUGCCCGAAGCAUCUGAUCUUAUCUGCAAGGCUGUUAGCGAUGCGAUUGAGUCUGGUAUCCGGACUUCGGACUUGGGGGGAACGGCGACAACAAGCCAAUUCGGCGAUGCGGUGGUCAAAAUCAUUUCUCAACUUCCUUGA